UUUCUUUUUUUUUUUUUUUCGACACCACGGUCGCGGUGCAAUUGAACACUUGAAUCGAUAGGAAGAGAGACCUCGCUGAUAAGACUCGAUGGAGUACGAGUACUCGCCGCCUCACCAGUCUGGUCGGCAGCAGCAGCAGCAGCAGCCACCACAUCUGCAACAUCAGAACCAGUACCCGCAGCAGCACCCGCAGCAGCAGCAGCAGCAGUACCACCAACAGCAGCAGCAGCCCCAGCAAUGGCAGUACUCUAACCAAGGAGCCAUUCCUGCUAUACCUCCUUACUCUGGUAGCGGUGGUAUGACUAGCGCGGCAGCCUCUGACUCUUACAAUUCAUAUUAUGAUUACAAUGGGCAGCACCAGUCGUACCAACAGCAGCAGCAGCAGCACCUAGAACACCAGCAUCUAGAACACCAGCAUCAGCACCAACAACAACAUCACCAGUAUCAAUAUCAGCAACAACAGUACCCGCAGCAUCAUAGCCUCGAGGAGGACGCCCCAGGAGCGAGUGGAAGUGCUGAGAACCUGUAUGAUCGAUCGACAGAGGGGAUUCCCAAAUCGGCCCUAGACCAGUCAGCGGCUGCAAAGUAUCGUCUAGAGCAUCAUUUCAGUCAGUCGUUGGAGCAGGCGAUCGAAAGAAGUCAAAGGAGGAUAGAGCUCGAGACGAGACUGGAGACCGAGCAUGGGAGCGAGGAGCGCAAGCAUCGACAGCUGGAGGCCCUUGGCCGAAAGGAAUCGCAGUAUCUGAGGUUACGACGGACGCGCCUGGGACUCGAUGAUUUCGUGACGGUGAAGGUGAUUGGAAAGGGAGCCUUUGGAGAGGUGCGUCUGGUCCAGAAGCUGAAUUCGGGCAAGAUCUAUGCGAUGAAGACACUUCGUAAAGCGGACAUGUUCAAGAAGGACCAGCUGGCCCACGUUAAGGCUGAGCGAGAUGUCCUGGCAGAGUCCGAGUCGCCAUGGGUCGUGCAGUUGUAUUAUUCUUUCCAGGAUUCCCAUUAUCUGUACCUGAUCAUGGAGUUCUUGCCCGGUGGAGAUUUGAUGACAAUGUUGAUUAAGUACGAUACGUUUUCCGAAGACGUGACCCGAUUCUAUAUCGCCGAGUGUGUGCUGGCCAUCGAGGAUAUUCACAAGAUGGGAUUCAUUCACAGAGAUAUCAAGCCGGAUAACAUAUUGAUUGAUGGGGAUGGUCACAUUAAACUGUCCGACUUUGGACUCUCGACCGGGUUCCACAAGACGCACGAUUCUCAGUUUUAUCAGCGGCUGUUGGACGGUCAGAUCAAGGGCGGCAACAGCAGCCAUAACGAUGGGGUGACGCGACUUGACACGGGCGUUGAUGCCAUCAACCUGACUUUUUCAAGCAAGGAUAAGCUGGCGACUUGGAAGAAGAACCGAAGGAAACUGGCAUACUCGACUGUGGGAACACCAGACUAUAUUGCACCAGAGAUCUUUUUGCAACAAGGAUAUGGACAGGAGUGCGACUGGUGGUCGUUGGGUGCGAUCAUGUUUGAGUGCCUGGUCGGAUACCCACCUUUCUGUAGCGAGAACGCUCAUGAGACAUAUCGGAAGAUCAUGAACUGGAGAGAACAGCUCUAUUUCCCAGAGGACGUUCAUCUCUCGCCCGAUGCUGAGGAUCUCAUCAGGAGGUUGAUCUGCUCGCCAGAGAUGCGACUAGGCCGACAUAGUGUGCACGAGAUCAUGUCGCAUCCGUACUUCCAUGGAGUGGAUUGGGCGAAUAUUCGACGGAUGGAGUCGCCCUUUGUGCCGGUGCUUAACUCGAUCACGGACACGAGUUAUUUUCCGACAGAGGAUCUGGAUAAGGUUCCUGAUCAUCCGGAGCACCACGAAUACAUGGCACUGGAUGAGAACAGCAAGCAGAAGGAUCUAGCGUUUGUGGGAUACACGUUCAAGCGGUUCGAGUCCUUGAGCAAGCGAAACGCACUCUAGCAUAGAAUAUCAAUAGAAAGUGUCUCUUUGCUCCCCUCGCCAAUUUUUUUUUUUUUUUUUUUUAGCCCGGUUAUUUUGGGUAGACAACCUAGGACUACAAUAAUAUCUAAUAGAUGGACAGAUGAG